AUGAGGCGCCAUGUGCUUAUCUCCACUCUCCUCUUUCUGACUCUCUUGCCCCCAGUAAGAAGUGGUAUUGGUGCCUCCGAAAGACACUGUAUGAAUUUAUCUGGAAUCUGCAGAAGAGACAUAUGCAAAAUAGUAGAGGACACGAUUGGUGCCUGCCGAAGGAGGUGGAAAUGCUGCAGAGCGUGGUGGAUCCUAAUACCAGUGCCCACACCACUUGUCUAUUCAGAUUAUCAAGCACCCCUAAAGCAUAAAUUGACAUGA